CCUACUCAGUAUGCUCAGUGCUCAUGUUCUGGGUCUGGAUGUGGUACUGAAUAUCAACUGUGUGGAAUAUCUUUAGCUAAUGCAGUCAACCUGACUCAGGGACUCAUUCCACCAAACAGUGGUACCUUUAAUCCCGUUCAUGUUGCAGGGACCGAUGUCCUUCGUUUCUCAUACAGUGGAGGUACUUCUUCUGACACUAGCUACUAUACGAUGGAUACAACAGUCAAGAAUGCUGCACUUGAUUUUACAGAUAACUUUUCAACAUCAGCUUGGCUCAAAUGCAAUAAUAACAAUCGGGCUAGUCAGUAUGUAUUCUCUUUUGAUAAUGACAAUGUGUCUAAUGGCAAUGGAAAAAGAACAUUUACAUGGCGUAUUCGUCGAGAUAAUCGUUUGACCUUGUUUUAUACUCGUGGUAGAUUGGACAAUAUACCAGCUAGUCAACCUGAUUCUGGAGAAAACAGUAGAGUUGGUCUUAGCUUCUACUUUCAGUCAGCAGUGAGCACUACUAACAUUUGUGAUGGAGGGUGGCAUUUCUAUAAACUUGACAUAACUUAUCCAUCUAUCAAACUAUUUGUUGAUGGUUAUGUUCACUAUGUCACUGAAGGCCAUUAUCAUGGUGUUAGUGGCACUAAAGUUGAUUUAAAUCAAAUAACUGAUGGAAGUGGAACAUAUGACAUGCCAGCUAGGCUCAAUACUAAAACCAAUAAGAAUUCCAUUACUGGGAGAAUCGGAAGCUCCAGUCGUUUUUUGAAUUAUGGAUUUAAUGGAGAGCUGAGGUUGCUAAUGAUGACAAGUCUCUUGGACAAUUCUCAAUACACUUGUCUUGCUUCAUGCAACAAUAGCCUAGUGCAUUCUGGGUACUCUCCAGGAACUGGUGAUGUCUUUAAUAAUACUAUUGGGAGUUUCACUAAUGUUUUCUAUCAGCCUGUAUCGCGUACUCUAUACUUCAGUAAUGCAGGUGGAUCCCCUUCAGAAUACACAGCAUUCCUACGUAACAUCAGUUACAAUACAAAUGGACACUUGCCAGCUCAAACUGUAGCUAACAUGGGUGAAGGAAGAAGGAUUGAGCUACAGUUAGAAGAUGAGGUUGGCUUUGGUUCUCUAAGUGUUGUCAACAUUUACGCUCGUUCCAACCAGCAUCCACCUGAGUUCAGUGCCAGUGGUGACACAGUAUCCUUUAAUUACAGCACCACAUUCACCGAAGGUGUUGAUACGUCUAUUCCAAUAGUCAGCACAACCUCCUUUCUCUCUGACGAUGACCUUGAUCCAGUGAUAGAGAGUGCAACUAUUAUACUCACUAAUCCACAGCUAUCUACAACUCAAGAGUUUCUAGCAGUCAGUCAGCUACAGCAGCUUGAAACGCAUUCCUCUGCACACAAUAUCACCAUCACUGGUACAAACACUCUUGCUGUAUAUCAAGCUGCAUUCAUCACUUCGCUCACUUAUAAUAAUCUAGCUGAUGAGCCACACGCUGUACCUCGUGUUAUACAGUUCUCGAUAUUUGACGGUCGCAACUAUAACUACCCGUUGACAAUAACCACAAUUCAAAUCAAUACUAUUAAUGAUGCUCCUAAUGUCUAUCCCUCUGGAGUCUUGAAUCAGAACUCUCUCACGUUUGAGUUUAACGAAGGAAGUGAUGAAGCUGAUGCCUUACCAAUAGCUCCAGAUUUGAUUGUAAGUGAUUCCGACGAUGCUUAUCUUGAGUCUGCCUUUGCUGGUCUUUCUCAAAUAUUUGAUGAGGGGGACGAGAGGAUUUACAUCAAUCUCACCGUCCUCUCUCAGUUCAAUAUAACAUGCCUCCCUGCUAGUUGUGCUGGUCAGAAUAUCACUCUCUCUGGCCAUGCUCCUACAACCGACUACCAGUCCCUCCUUCGAUCAGUUACAUACAUUAAUGACAAGAAACCCUCAGAGUUCCCGUCUCUCUUUGACCGUAUCGUUAACAUAACUGUCAGUGAUGGUAAUUUAACGAGUUCCUCUGAUACCCAUGUAUUAGUUGAUAUUAUACCGGUCAAUCCUCGUGUCAUUAUUGACCUGGACACUCCAAGUCACAACUACAGUAUAAAUUAUGAUGAGGACUCCUUCACUCGUCUGCCCAUUGCUGGAGCACUGAGAUGGGUUGAUAUAUCACUAAACACUCUAUUAAGAAUGGUCAUCAGCAUAAGAAACCCUGACCUUGAGGCCGGUGAGCAGUUGAUUGCUAAUGACAGUUGUAUUUUUGAUUUGGGUAUCUCUGCUGAUGAUAAUCUCGCCAGGGAAGAGUUUACUUUUGGGCUGGGUACUAUGGAAGCUUUUCUUGGAGUCAUUGAUUGCCUGAGAUACCAAAACACAGAGCCAGAGCCGAAGCCAGUCACCAGAUACAUUGACUUCACUUUCAUACCAGGAGGAGGUGCACCUAGUGACUCUGCAGUAACCAUCAUCAGUAUAACACACAUCAAUGACAACACUCCAGAGUGUAACACUUCAUCUACUGUUAUAUUACCUGAAGAAACAUCCACUGGUUCCACUAUACACACUCUACAAGCUACAGACUCUGAUUUGGGUGGUGGACAUGAUGUCCUUAGUUACUCUCUCAUAUCCAAUUGGCCUAGUUUGUUUGGCUUAUCAACCAACAGCUCAGGGAUUGCAUCAAUAACUCUCUUUGGUGGGGUAGACUAUGAUGAAGGGCUGCGUGAGUAUCCUGAUAUCAUUGUGCAAGCAUGUGAUGUUGACUCCCAAUGCUGUAAUUUCACUUUUAGCUUUGAGCUAACAGAUGCUAAUGACAACCCACCUGUCUUUGUUAGUGCCCCAUACAGUGUGAAUGUACUUGAGAAUCUUAAUACUGAUGUACUGGUAAUAAACUUUACUGAUAUUGAUAGUGGAGUCAAUGCACAGAUAAGCUCUGUGAGCAUAAGCUCCAUUCAUCCUGCCUCUGGCUGUAUGAAUAGGUUUGAGGUACAGCUUAAUUCAUCUUCAGCUGUUCUAAGGACUAUCAAUGGUGGCCUUGAUUUCGAGACACAGGAGGUAUGUUACGUCUAUCUUGAAGCAACAGAUGGAGGUCAGCCUUCAAUGAGCAGCAGCACUAAUGUCACUGUAAUGGCUCUGAACCAAGACGAUAGGAGUCCAGUGUUUCUGGGGCCUAAUCGCUUUGAGGUUGAGGAAGAUAACCAGGCUCCAUUGGUCCUUGGGACUUUAAUGGCAACUGAUCCAGACACAGAUAAUACACAGCUAGUGUUUGCUGUUCACAAUACUGUUGAAUUCAGUGUCACAAGUAGUGGUACUUUAUCUAUACUCUUCUCUUCUAAUUAUUCAGUUGCUGUCUCUUAUCCAGUUGAGAUUAGCGUGACAGACCCUGCUGGUAAUUCUGUCAAUGCAAUGAUCAUUAUUGAUGUUUUGCCUAUCAAUAAUGACCCACCAGAGCUAGUUCUCAACAAUGUCCCUGUUGCCUUUGUUGAGGAGUCCAAUGCACCAGUAACACUCAACAAUAAUCCUUCAAUAACUGAUCCUGAUAAUGUAACGCUUACUAUCACUCGUAUAACAGCAGUCAUUGCUAAUGGUGAGAGCUCUACACUAGAGAGACUAUCAGUUGCUUCUGGUGCACCAAGUCAUGUCAUUGCCAGCUCCUCUAAUCUUUUUGAGUUGCUAAUAAUACCCACUAAUCCUAGCAGUAUCAGUGAAGUCAUUAGUCUUCUUCAGAGCAUACAGUACAUCAAUAGAGAGGAUGAGCCCAGUCCUUGUCGCUCUGACCUAUUCCCUUGUACAUCAAGCAAUUCUCGUACUAUCAGGAUAUCAGUAUUUGAUGGUGUCUUUAACAGUAGUGCUGCGAGUGCUGUCGUCACGUUCUCUUUUGUUAAUGAUGCGCCUGUAAUUGAUCUCGAUACAACAACAGUUAAUAAUAGAAUCGUUGAAUUCACAGAGGGUGACGUGCCUGCUCAGAUACCCAAUGAAGGCCAUUUCUCUAUUAGCGAUGAUGAUGAUACUGUACUCAGUGAUUUAAUCUGUUCUCUUUUCAAUGCUUAUGAUGGUAGUCAAGAGAUGCUCCUGGCAAUCGGCUCAGUUCCUGACUCACUGACUGUAGAGGGUAAUGGCAGUCACAGUCUUAGAUUCAAUGGUAAUGGAUCUGUUGCUGAUUUCUCGGGGAGUCUCUCCAGUGUUUAUUAUUACAGCUCAUCUGCUAACCCAAACAUUAACAAUGGCCGUCUUGUUAACUGUACCUUGUCUGAUGGUAAAGUGAGGGGAGAGCCUGCUUUAGCCGAAAUCUUGUUCAUGAAACAGAACAAUCUACCAAUUAUUAGUCUAGCUCAAGCUUCUCUAUCAUAUACCGAAGGACAAGCUACUCCAGUCACUCUAGCUACCAAUUCUUCUAUCUCUGAUGCCGAUGAUACUAAUCUAGCUUCACUCUCCAUCACUUAUAAUAAUCUUGAAGGUCGCAUUAACUUCACUCAAUCACUCCUACCUGCUGGCGUUACCUCCACUAGUGAUUGUACCGCUAGUACAUGCUCUCUUUCUAUCAGUGGAAGUGCUACCAUAUCUCAAUACACUGAUAUACUUCACAGCAUCACAUACUCUAAUAAUUUAGACGAGUUUAAUUUCACUCAGCCCGUUGUAGCAACUUUUGUAGUAACAGAUCCAAGUGGCAAUAGGAGUGAGCCUGUAACAGUUACCAUAACACACAUACCAGUUGAUGACAAUCCUCCUUCAUUCACAACCAAUUACACUGUCACUGUGUCAGAAACAACAGCUCCUUCUACUAUAGUGGCUACAAUACUUUUAUCUGAUAAUGAUCUCCCUACACCACAAGUGCCUGUAUUCAGUAUUGUAUCUGGUAAUGUCGGCAAUAAGUUUAGUGUUGGGAAUAAUCCACUCAAUCCACUAGAAGGUUUAGUAAGAUUGCAGAGUUCUCUUGAUUUUGAUGUGAAUGAUUUCUACCAGCUAACAAUAAGAGGAUCAUCAGGAGGCUUUGCACCAGCAGAGGUCACCAUAUUUAUUAAUGUUAUGAAUGUGAAUAAUAAAGACGUUGUUUUUAUUAAUUUCCCUUCAAAUUUCACCGUAUAUGAAAGCAAUAAUGAUGAAUCACUGAUGCCUCCAUUUGUAUCAGCCAUAGAUCCUGAUGGAUUCCCAGUUUCCUUCUCUGUUGAUUCUCCAUACGUUAGUAUCAAUCAAUCUACUGGUCGUCUUAGGCUCAGUUCACCAGUUGAUAGGGAGACAGUACCUGGUACACAGUUCACAAUGAAUGUCACUGUCUCUGAUGGGGUAUCUUCAGAGACUAGAAGUGUCAUUGUGAUAGUCCUUGAUGUUAACGAGUUCAGUCCAGUAUUCAAUGAUACUUAUACUGCUUCAGUGACAGAGAAUGCCCUAUCUGCCUCUCCUCUGCUCACAGUCUUUGCCACUGAUGCUGACGAGGCUCCUGAUUUAGCUCAUUCGGCUGGUUUUGUGUCACGUAUCACUUACUCUUUAGGCAGUGGCCCAUUCUCUACUCAUUUCAGUCUAAACAGUGCUGGUGCCCUUACUCUUGUAUCACCAUUGGACUAUGAGGCUACAGGCUCCUCAUUCAACCUCAGUGUCAUUGCAAGCGACAAUUAUCAACCAAACUCAAUGUCAACCACUACUCUGAUAACCAUCAGUGUCAGUAAUGUAAAUGAUGAGGCACCAUAUUUCAUUAAUUUUGCUAGUGAUGUUUAUAUAUUUGAGAGUCCUAGGUCACCGGCCUCUCUUACAGUCAGAGGGGAUGACCCUGACAUUAAUUCACAGUUAGUUUAUAGUAUCGAUAGUGAUGAACUAGCCAGCAUUCCUUUCACUAUUAAUUCACAAACUGGUAUCAUAACUGUCCCUUCUGAUCUUGAUGUCGAUUCUACUGGUAUGGAGACUUAUCCAUUGGUUGUGACACUAACUGAUCUAAACACUGAUCCUAGCUACAUCGGCAACAGAGCAAUAUCUCUAAAUUACACAAUCUAUGUAUCCGAUGUUAAUGAUAACUCUCCUUCAUUCACUGCUACUUCGUACAGUUCCACUGUUAUUGAGAAUACUCAAGUUGGCAUUGGUUCCAAUGGCAUUGCUAUACUCACAGUACGAGCCACAGAUGCUGAUUACGGAUUCACUUUAGAUGGUGACCUUAAUGGUAACAAUAAUGUCACCUACUCGCUUCAUAAUGAGCCAAGUGAUGUAUUCGCCAUUGACCCAAUUACUGGCAUAAUAUACAAGCUUAAGGCAUUGGAUAGGGAGCACAGAGAAGUCUACCAGUUUUAUGUUGAAGCUACUGAUAAUCCAGUGGCUGGAGAUCAGCCAAAUGUAGCAAUGGCACCAGUUACUGUUACUGUACUGGAUGAGAAUGAGCAUGCACCUGUGGCCGAUCCUUCUAAUUAUACAGCCAGUCUAUUGGAAACUGCUUCCGUUGGUUCUUCAAUUACGACUAAUGUUGCAGUAGAGUGGUCUACUGUGGUUGAGCCUGGCCUGUAUUUGAGGCGUAUAAUGGAGAAAUCAGAGACGAAUGAUGCUGAUGAUGUAUUGCUGUGUCAGUACUUAAGGUGGUAUGAGAAUGGUAGUAUUGUAUUGAAUGAGGUUACGUAUCUCAAUGGGGUUGACUGCAUUAACAGUAGUGCUGAAGUUGUAUGGACCCAAUACAUUGCUGCCGAUCUUAAUAGCACUUCAGAGGUUGAACUAACAUUGCCAUUAUCUGAUGACUAUCGUAGUGACAUACUGGGAGCUUAUAAUGCCCAGCCUACUGAUGACACGUAUCUCAGAUACUUAAGUCUCAAUACUGUAUUCACUCAGUCUCUGUUCACAGUAAGUGAAAGGACUGUUGCCUUCUAUUCCCCUAUGUAUAUACAAGCACUGAACGGGUCUAUUGCUAAUGGUACAUAUAGAUGUCAACUGAAUGAUGGUGCUUCAAUACAGCCUGGUGUGGUCUAUAAUACCAUUGAAGACUUUGAGUAUUGCUCUCUUGUGGACGGAGGCUUUAAUUCAGGUGGUCUUGCAAGUACCUUUAAUGACACUAGCCUGUGGUCUUUAACUGGGUUUAAUGGACGCUGCUCGGUAUUUUACGGGUUCACUUCAGACCCUGUGUCUGAGCCACUUGUUAAUGAUACACUCUCUGUCGGUGGUAAAUUGUUUUACAGGUUAGGAGAUACCUCUUGUACAAUGGAGUCUUGUCUCCCUCCAUCAGAUUUCACUGGUCAGUGUAACUCUAAUCUUGGCUCUAAUGCACCAGUUACUGAAGCUCCACUUAAUUUCUCUUACUAUGAUCCUGAUGGAUUAAAGAACACUGCCAUCAACUUCUCUCUAGUGGAUGUCACUCCGUCUGCUGGGAGUGAUUUGUUUUCAAUACAUGAGAAUGAUUGUGUGCUUUCAGUUGCUAGUGAUCUUAAUCCUGAUCAGAAUAAGAUAUUCUUUUAUGUCUUAUCGAUACGUAUCACUGAUCAAGGUGGCUAUUAUACUGAUUUCCCAGUAUCAGUAACAAUAGAGGAUGUCAAUGACAAUAGCCCCAUUCCUUCCCAAUCAGUCUAUACUGCUAGUAUAAAUGAGAAUCUCCCUGCAUCAACACUGAUACCUGAACUCAUCAUUGCAUUCACUGAUGCUGAUUCUGGAGAUAACGCUCGUCUCUCUUACUCUCUUGAGCCAUCAGUUAAUUUCACACUCUCUGGUUCUACCUCCACUGGUAUUUACACUAAUAGAAUGUUUGACUAUGAAACUGACCUAAGGCUAUACACACUCACUAUAAGAGCAUCUGAUGCCGGUACACCAACUAGACAAGGAAUGGCUAGCGUAGUUAUUGAGAUACUGGAUCUUAAUGAUAACAGGCCAUUGAUCAGUGCUGUAUCUAGUGCUGUAUUUACGGAAGGCGGCUCACCAGUUACAAUAGCGAGUGUUAGCAUAAUUGAUGUAGACAGUUCACAAUAUCUAAUGCAGUAUGCUCUCAUUACUAUUGACAAUGCACUUGAUUCUGGUGAGAGUUUAGGAUUAAGUAGUCCUCUGCCUUCUGGGUUUAAUUCAACCAGUGAUAGAGGAUCUAGACUCCUGAUAUAUGGCGAGGGUACUACACAGCAAUAUGCCAGUAUACUUAGCACUGUCACUUAUGAAAAUACCCAAGAAGAGCUCACAUCUCCUUCCGGAGGUCGUCAAAUUACAUUUGGAAUAUCUGAUCUUGAGUAUACUGAUGGUCAAGGGCUUGGAUCAGGCUCACUCGAUCCAGAUUGGUCCCUGUUCUUUGAUAAUAAUGACACAAUGUCUCAACUAUCUGUAGCUACUGUUAACAUUGGCCUAUUAGUUGUUAAUGAUCAGCCUUCUGUCAAUUGUCCUGGUGCUCUAUCGCUACCAACCAUAUCAGAGGAUGUACCAGAUUCAUUGAACGGUGGUGCUAACAUUAGCUCUGUUAAUAUAGCAUCAGUCAUUAAUGAUAAUGACAAUACUCCAUCAAGCAUUGGUGUUGCUGUUGUUAGUGUUCAUGGUGAUGGCACAUGGCAGUUUAGAGUAUCAGGAACUUCAUCAUUCACUGAUAUCACCAGUGUCUCUACAUCAUCAAGUGUCCUAUUAGCUCCUGAUAGUAUAAUAAGAUUCAAACCUAACCCUCAUUCUCAUGGUAGUGCUUCAUUUAAUUUUAAAGCUUGGGAUAGGAGUAAUGGCCUCAGCCCUGGCACUGUAGGUGUAGAUACCACUAAUUCUGCUUCUCAGGGCAACUCAUCUUUUAGUGCUGAUUCUUGCUUGGUAGGCCUUGAGAUCCUACCUGUUAAUGAUGGUCCUGUUGUUGACCUUGAUUUGGGUGGACCAAACAGUCCCAACUACACAACCAAUUACACUGAGAAUCAAUCACCUUCACUCAUAUACCUAUCAGAUAUAAAUGAUGUUAGGAUAAUAGAUGAAGACCACAUGUUUUUACAAUCAUUAACCGUUACUAUAUCAAAGUCUGAUGGUAGCUGUGACCUUCCUGAUUAUCCUUAUCCUCUAUCAGAGGAUUAUCUUCAUCCUGCCAAUCUCAGCAUACUUGGUAUCACCCAGUCAUUAUCUACUAGCGACAAAGCCUGUCGUACGUACACAUACAUCAGCAAUCAAACAGCUUCCAAUUGGGAGUGGUUCGUUGGCAUGCUAAGAUUGAGUAUCAAUAAUACAGAGCCUAGUGAUCACACUAGAAGAAUACAAUAUGUCAUCAGUGAUGGUGAGGCUGACAGCUCUCCUGUCUAUUCCUUUGUAUCAGUCUCACUGGUAUCAGAUAACUGUCCUUCACUAUCAUUCAAUAUAUCGAGUCAUUUGGUGUACCCUGAGCAUGGGAGUGAGAUUAAUAUUGAUCCACUACUGAGUGUAGUUGAUGAAGAUUAUAAAGGACUCAUUGAGGGUGCUACUAUUAGAGUCUCUCCUUCUGAUUCCUCUUUUGACUGCAGUGGGUGUCUCCUUGAGGUCAGUCUUGGUGAUACAGUCAUUACCUCUUCUUACAGUAACAACACACUGACUCUCCAGGGACAAGCAGAGCCUGAACAGUACCAGAAAGUUUUAAGGACUCUUACAUUCCGUGAUACUCAGUCUGAGCCAACAUUUGGAUCAAUGGCUACACUUAUUUUUGAUAUCAGUGACAGUACAAAUAGCCCUUGCUCUACUAAUGACGGUGAAGUGACUAUAGUACUUGAUCCUGUGAAUGAUUUACCAGUUGAUCUUGCAUUGGAUGGCAGUCAGAGCAAUUACUCUGUUACAUAUACAGAGGAUGAUUCUGUUGGUGUCCUGAUAGUUGGUCAGGUUGAGGUUGAUGAUCCAGACACCAUUGACUCAGCAUUGUAUAAUGUAACUGUUACUAUUAGUGAAGGGUUUGUAUUAGGUGAAGAUAGACUGAUAGUUGUAGGCUCUUUAAGCCCUGCUACUCUUGUAUCAUCUACACAUGAGGAGGUAGUAAUACAGUCAUCAUUAUCUCAUUUACCAACUGCACUGAGGGCACUGCGCUAUAUUAAUAUCAAUACGCUCACUCCUUCCACUCAUACUAGAUGGGUAAGAUUUUCUGUCUCUGAUGACGGCCUACUCUCAGAUCCAGUCUUUACAUUCAUAACGGUAGUAUCAACUAAUGAUCCUCCAUCUCUUGAUCUUGAUUCAUCUAAUCCACUAACAAGGGAUUCUAUGGUUGAAUUUGAUGUUGAUGGUCCAGCAGUGGAUAUAUCUCCAUUAGCCACUGUUACUGAUCCUGAUGGAACCACACUGGCC